CGGCAGAAUCUACUAGGAGGACAUUUCCGGAAAUUAGUCCAAGAAAUUCGAUGGUUUCGAGAGCCAAGCUUCCUUCGCCCACCAACAGCCAAAACAAUGGAAACCCUAGGCGAUAUAGAGCACAAAAUUGAGAGAGAGAUGGAAGAGACGCAACUUCUCUUAAUUAUUCAUUGCAUUUUCACGUGAUUGCGUCCUUUAAUUUCUCUCUGUCUCUCUUCUCUUAUUCUCUAGUGAUCGAAUUUCAAAUACGAUCCUUUUCAGCUUCAAAUCAAUUCUCUCACAUCAAAAAAGCGAUAGAUAGGGGAAAAUUCGCUAUUUUUUCACCCUCAAGCUUCAGUCUCAAUGUCUAGGAGGGUGCUUUGUAAGUUCUUUGCACAUGGAGCAUGUUUAAAAGGGGAGCAUUGUGAGUUUUCACAUGACUGGAAAGAUCCGCCAAAUAAUAUUUGUACCUAUUAUCAAAGAGGAAUCUGCUCUUAUGGCAGCCAAUGCAGAUAUGAACAUGUUAAACCAUCUAGGUCAGAUCUUGCUUCUUCUUCAACAACAACUCCUCAGCAAUCUAUGGUAUCAACUUCUGUUCCUGUGGUCCAUCCUGUGAGAACUGGAUUUAGCAGGGGAACAUCAGUCCCAGGUGCUUCUGGAGAGCUUUCUGCUUCAAGUAGACCUUACUUUCCUCCCACCAAGCCAGCAUGGAAUUUGGUGUUUGCGCCUAACAACAUUUUAGAAAAUGGUGGCAUUAUAGAACCUAGGAAUGUUAAACCAGAAGGCCAUUCUCUCUGUUCAUUUGCUGCUGCUGGUAAUUGCCCCCGUGGAGUUAAAUGUCCUCAUAUUCAUGGUGACAUUUGCCCCACUUGUGGGAAACAUUGCUUGCAUCCUUUCAGACCAGAAGAAAGAGAAGAACAUUUGAAAACAUGUGAGAAGAAGCAAAAGCACCUUGAGGCAUUAAAACGUAGUCAAGAAAUUGAGUGCUGUGUAUGCCUAGAUCGUGUUCUUUCAAAGCCUACGGCAGCUGAACGAAAAUUUGGGCUGUUAUCAGAAUGUGAUCAUCCAUUCUGUAUAUCCUGUAUUAGGAACUGGCGUAGCAGUGCCCCUACUUCUGGAAUGGAUGUCAAUACUGCAUUGAGGGCUUGCCCUAUAUGCCGCAAGCUGUCAUAUUUUGUUGUUCCAAGUGUCCUUUGGUAUUCCUCUAAAGAAGAAAAGCAGGAAAUUAUUGAUAGCUACAAGGCAAAACUAAGGUCUAUAGACUGCAAGUAUUUUGACUUUGGGAAUGGGAACUGCCCCUUUGGGACAAGUUGUUUUUACAAGCAUACUGUCAAGCCAGGCUCAUACACAUGGAAAUAUCACAGACCUCCUCCACGGAGACCACGUCCUCGCAGAACCAGUUUUGCGGAUAAUAUGACAUUGUUUGAUGUUUUUGAACACUUAUUUGAAGAAGAUGAACUGGACAUCUUUGAUGCUGAGGAUUAUUUUGAUGAAGAUGAUAUGGCUUUUUUAUUAAUGCAGAUGGAUAUUGGAUCAGGCGACACCUCCAGUGAUGAUGAAAACUAUCUCUUUUAAGCUAUUAGCUUUAGCCAUAUUGCAAACUUUUCAUUCUUCUACUGGAAUUUUGAAGUUGGUGGCUUUGGACGUCUUAGUAUUUUAAGCAUUUUGGAAUAUAUGAAGCUUGUAGUUUGUUUCUUAUAAGCCCAUGUUCUGUGUUAUGUUUAGACAAUGAGUAUUCAAAGUAAAUCUAUGGUGCCUGCCAGGACAUUGGUUCCAUCUAUUUAUAUGUUUGUAGCACUAUGGUGUGGAAGAUAAACAGCCUGGAAAUGUGUUUGUUGGUUGAUGUAUUGUCAUUAGCUCAACUGAAGGCUUAGAGCACAUGCUUAUACUUUAGCUAUAUAAUAUAUAAUGAAAAGGUUGAAAUUCUUAGAGUUU